AUGGGUAACCUCGAUAUUGAGACGAGCUCGGCGGUUGCUGACCGCACGUCGGUGGAUAACAUCGAUAAAUCGCAAAUCGGAGUCGGCCGAACUGAACUGAGCCACGCGCUACCACCUCACCAUGAUUAUGAAGGCGGCCAUCGGUGGGAUCCCGCGGCUACUUGGACCCCCGAGGAAGAGAAGAGAGCCGUCCGAAAGACCGAUCUCAAGCUUUUGAGUUGGCUAUGUCUUAUGUUCUUUGGUCUGCAACUGGAUAGAGGAAACAUCAGCAAUGCUCUCGCAGACGACCUUCUUACUGACCUUGGCCUAACAAGCGACGACUACAAUAAUGGUACUACGAUCCAAGUGUUGUGUUUCUUGCUCGCUGAGUUUCCUGUUCAAUUCCUCACCAAGAGAUAUGGGUUCAAAAAUAUCCUGCCCACUCUCAUGGUCUGCUGGGGUCUUGUAUCGACCUUUCAGGCCUUUAUGACUGGACGUGCAGCUUUCUAUGUUACCCGCGCUCUGAUCGGUACUUUCGAGGGUGGUUUCAUUCCUGGUGUUGUCCUCAUGGCAACUUACUUCUACACCUCCAAGGAGUUGUCUAUUCGACUGGCUGCUUUCUGGUCUACACUCAACAUCGCCCGUGUUAUUUCGGCACUUCUCGCCGCCGGACUGCUCGAAAUGCGAGGCAUUGGCGGCCACCCUGGAUGGUUCUGGCUUCUACUUCUUGAGGGUCUUCUCACUGUUGUCAUCGGUCUCAUUUCCAUGAUCUAUCUUCCGACUUCUCCAACUGGCACCAAGUCUGUGAUCUGGCGCAAGUCGUGGUACACCGAGCGAGAAGAAGUUAUCAUGAUCAACCGUAUUCUUCGAGAUGAUCCCGCCAAGGGUCUUACGGCAUUGAAGGAGCCAUUGACAUGGCAAGACGUCAAGAAUGCAUGGACCGACCCUUCUCUCUGGGGACUCUACUUCAUCGGUCUUAUUGCAUACAUUCCAGCAUCGCCUGUUCAAGCAUACUUGACUUUGACAUUGAAGAGAGUUGGAAAGUUCAGCACUUUGGCCAGCAACCUGCUUACUGCGCCCUCUGCAGCUCUUCAGAUCUUCACCAUGCUUGCGCUUGCUUACAGUUCAGAGUAUUUUAACGAACGAGCAUUCCACUGUCUUUUCGGAGAGAUUUGGUCUCUUCCGUUGCUUACAGCGCUCUUGACUCUUCCCGAUGAAGGCCGCGAGUGGGGCCGAUUCUCCAUCAUCACCCUCAUUUCGGGAUACCCUUACUUCCACCCUCUGGUAUCUUCUUGGAUCUCUGAAAACUCAUUCGAUGUGAAGAAGCGAGCUGUUGCUUCUAGUACAUACAACGUCAUUGUUCAAAUGGGAAGCGUUACCUCGAGUCAAAUCUACCGAAAGUGGGAUGGACCUUACUACAAGAACGGAAACAAGGUGUUGAUCUCGAUUCUUUGUCUCGCUGUUGUUGUUUUCAUUGCUCAGAGACAAUGGCUUGUGUAUCUCAACAAGAAGAAGACCGAGGUCUGGGAGCAGAUGACUCCGGAGCAACAGGCCGAGUACCAGACGGAUAAGGAGCAGCGAGAGAUUGACGGAAACAAACGACUUGAUUUCCGAUUUGCUUAUUAA